GCGGACAAACUGCGCUCACAGCAAGAGCUCGAACGGCUGCAGGCCAAAUACAUCGGCACCGGCCACCCCGACACCACGAGCUGGGAGUGGAAGACCAACAUCCAGCGCGACACAUACUCGAGCAUCGCUGGCCAUCCGCCAUUGUUGGCCUACAUUUCGCUGGCCGAGAACGAACCGGUGGCUAAGACUCGCGCGCAGAUGAUUCGGAAAAUGAUUCAACCUUGCGGACCACCCCCUGCAAGAGAAGGAGACGACAUCGGCGCGCAGCAAGGUAGCUGA